CGACUCGCCGUUUUAUUGUUAAAGUCCCAUCUCUUUGUCACUAACUUCCUUUCGAGAAACGCAAGUGUUGAACGCCAAAUGUCAGUGAAGGGUUGAAGGAAAUCUUUCCCUUGAAAGUCCAAAUGCAUGGAUUGAUUAGGCAAGCAGAGCUGAGGAUACCAUUCACACCGAUCAGAUUUUUCACUGAUGGAAGGACGUGGGCAGGUCCAUACAGAGACUCGUAUGAUUAUACACACUUGUUACAGAAAUGUAAAGGCACCAAAUGCGUCAAAAAACUGCACUGUCAGAUCAUAACAGGAGGAUAUGAGCAGAACCGGUUUGUUGCUUCAAAGUUAGUGGGCAAAUAUUGUGAGAGCUCAAACAUGGGAUAUGCAAGGAAGGUGUUUGAUAGUUUGUUUGAAAGAGAUAUUUUUCUGUGGAAUUUGAUUAUUCAAGGCUAUGCAAAUAUGGGUCCAAAUACUGAAGCAGUUAGUAUAUAUUCUGAAAUGCGUUUGGCCGGUAUUUGUGUCAACCAGUACACGUACCCUUUUGUGCUGAAGGCUUGUGGGGUUUCAGGGGACAAAAAGAAUGGUCAGGUGAUUCAUGGGCAUGUAGUGAAGUCUGGACUUGACACGGAUUUGUUUGUGGGGAAUGCCCUUGUCGCAUUUUAUGCUAAGUGUCAGGAAGUUGAUAUGUCUAGAAAAGUGUUUGAUGCAAUUCCUCAGAGAGAUCUUGUUAGUUGGAAUUCAAUGAUUUCCAGUUAUGCUGUAAACGGCUAUGCAGAUGCUGCUCUGACAUUGUUCCGGGCUAUGCUGCGAGAUCCGGCAACCUGUGCACCUGAUAAUGCCACUCUCGUUACCGUUCUUCCUGCUUGUGCUCAAGCAGCAGCUAUCCAAUUGGGGUUUUGGAUUCAUUCUUACAUUAUAAAGACAAGUAUGGAAAUUGAUGCGGCACUAGGCAGUGGCCUCAUAUCCAUGUAUGCAAAUUGUGGUCGAGUCAACAUUGCCAGAGAUGUUUUUGAUCGAGUCUCUGAUAAGAACAUUGUGGUGUGGAAUGCAAUUAUAAGAUGUUAUGGUAUGCAUGGUUACGCUGACGAAGCAAUCCAAAUGUUCUCCCGAUUAACAGAGAGUGGUUUACAACCAGAUGGUUUAAUAUUUUUGUGUCUGUUGUCUGCAUGUAGUCAUGCAGGCAUGGUUGAGAAGGGGCGAGAACUGUUUGCAAGAAUGGAAGAUUAUGCAGUGGAGAAAAACGAGGAGCAUUAUGCUUGCAUGGUAGAUAUCAUUGGCCGAGCUGGAUAUCUUGAGGAGGCAGUUGCGAUUAUCGAAACAAUGCCUGUGAAGCCAAGGAAAAAUGUUUACGGUGCCUUGCUUGGUGCUUGUAGAAUACACAACAACAUAGAACUCGCUGAAGAAGCUGCAGAGAGACUGUUUGUUUUGGACCCUGAUAAUGCUGGACGAUACAUAAUCCUGGCCAAGAUGUAUGAAGAUGCAGAGAGGUGGGAGGAUUCAGCCAGGGUUAGGAAGUUGCUUAGGGAAAGGAAAAUUAAGAAGCCAAUUGGUUGUAGUUCAAUUGAGGUUGAUUGUGUUCACCACACAUUUGGCGUUGAAGAUGAGUCUCAUCCAUGUAAGGAUCAGAUUUUUGAUGCUUUGGAGAGAUUGGAUAGGAUAAUGGGGGAUGAGUUAGUGGAGAUGUGACCCUUCGCAAGGGUGCCUUGAUGCUCACACAGAAUGGGGGAAAUCGAAGGAAAUAGGCCUGGAAAAGCACAAUCAUAGGUCACCUUAGCCACUGGUUGCAUGCAAGAACAACCAAGAAUGGAAACAUGGCUGCAGACUGAAGCAAGCAAACCAACAAGUCAAGCCCAAGUUACUACCAUUUUGUUGUGAGUUCCUCUGCUAUUUUUUUUGCAAUGGCCUAUUAAAAAUGCCAAC